AUGAUCUCUUCCAUUGCCAUGGCCUUCAACUCCCGCGCGGCAAGUGUUUACCAUAUCGGCUUCCCUGUUGUCGCUCGCAGUGUCUUUGGAAUGUGGGGCAGCUAUUACUUCGUGGCAGCACGGGCUGUUCUGGCGGUGAUUUGGUACUCUGUGCAAAUGUACUAUGGCGCUGAAUACAUGCACAAUAUGCUACGAGCCAUAUUCGGGCACAACUUCACAGACAUUCCGAAUAAACUUCCAGCCAGUGCGGGGAUAACGACUUCUCUCAUGCUUGCUUUCUUCCUCAGCUGGCUGGUCCAUCUUCCAUUUUGCUAUUUCAGGCCAUAUCAGUUACGCAAAUUCUUUUGGUUCAAAACUAUCGUUUCGCUGCCAUCUAUGUUUGGCUUGUUUAUUUGGGCCAUGAUUAACACAAACGCGAAAAUCGGAAGCUUGUAUGGGGUUUCCUCACGAUCAUCAAGUGCGACUGCUUGGUUGAUUCUUUCUGGAAUCAACAGUGGUAUGGGAAAUACCGCAACAUUAAUCACUAAUCAACCGGAUUAUGCUCGCUGGGCUAAAUCACGCGGCGCACCCAUCUGGACCCAGCUUAUUGUCAAUCCCUUGGCAGUUACACUCUCAGCCUCCCUGGGAAUCCUUGCCACUAGCGCUGUAAAUGCCAAAUAUGGCACUGAUAUUUGGAACCAAUGGGACAUGAUGAACCUGAUCCUGGAUCAAUACUGGUCUUCAAAGACCAGAUUCGCCAUUUUCCUAUGUGCAUUUGCAUGGUUUGUCCAGAUUCUUGGAACGAACAUCGCCGCAAAUAUGAUGUCUUUUGGCGCCGACUCAGCCAUGCUACUCCCAUCUUUCCUCAAUAUUCGCCGAGGUCAAUUUAUUGUGCAAUUCCUUGCUUGGGUCGCGUGUCCUUGGAAGAUCAUGACAUCUGCUGCUAAGUUCCAGACUUUCCUUGGUGGAUACGGUCUCUUCAUGGCAAGUGUGGUUGCGAUCAUGGUUUGCGACUACUUCUGCCUUACACGUGGUAACAUCACGACUGCCUCACUCUUUGUCCCAACAAAAGCCAAUAAAAACUAUUGGUAUCAUGGCGGAGUAAAUAUUCAAGCCGUGAUAGCAUAUCUCAUUGGCAUUGCGCUCCCAUUUCCCGGAUUCUGUGGUGAACUUGGUGCCAAAGUCUCGACCUCGGCUGCACGUAUCAUGGACAUCGCCUGGCUAACGGCAUUUGCGGUAUCCUUCGUAUCUUACUAUGUGAUCUGCACUUUUUGGCCAACCUCUAGCAUCCGCGAUGCCAAGGAGAGAGGAUUGACACGCGAACAACUGGGCAACGAAGAGGAAGAAUACUAUGGCUCUGCCAUUUCCAAAGACGAAGAGUUUAUGGCCGCUGCCGUUUCCUCGGGAAGGUUUUAUGAGAAAGAGGGCCAUGAUGUCCCAAAAGCAUUUUCGGGGCGGGCUUUUUCAGAAUAA